AUGGAUAACCUGAAAGGGCAAAAGCAAAGCAGUGUCGCCUGCGCAGACACUCCAGCUUUGGCCAGACAUGACAACCAACCUCUUCUGCCCACAUCUGAUCGCUGUACCCUAAAACGCAAUGCAGACCAUGAAAUUCUGCAGAAUGCAAAGAUGAAUAUUGAGAUGGGUUCUAUCUACGAGAUUGAUCAUUUAUAUUUGCCUCCUAGGACCCCAGUUCAACUCAAGUCCAUCCGAGUUGCUAUGGUGAGCGAGAGAACUGUAUUGAAUGUGGCAGUGAGGUACCCGAGCAUGCAGUCACUACAAACAUACUUCAGCAAUAGCAAACGAGAAAUGUAUCCAGCUUUUGAUGAGAAGUUCGUAAUGGGAACAGCUCUGGCUAGUAAAGUGCUUCUUCGUCAAGUUCCUUCUCAGGAGUUUGCCGAGAAGAAACAUCUUCAUAGCUUCUGGUUAGUCAACUAUACUACUUUGGGCGCUGUUCCUGCUGCAAAGAAUGGCAUCUGCUUGUCUCAGCUUAAGGUCAAUGGGAUGGUUACUUGGGGAAUACGCCGGCAGGUCAAGUUUCUUGGGAGACACGAAGACCAAAGCAACAACACCAAGUCUUCUUCCAGCUUUGUUCAAGGAGAAGAAAUUCCAAAACUGAAAACACCAGAAAAAUCUGAAGAAGAUGAAGAGGAGGAAGAGGACGACGAGGAGGAAGAUGAAAUUGAUGGUGAAUCAGUAAAGCAAAAAGAUGAAGAAGCAGAAGAGGAAGAUGAUGAGGAAGCUGUAACAGAAAAGACUAACAAGAAUCUAAAGAGAAAGAGGUAUAGCUUUAGAACAACUACAGUAAAGAAAAAGGCAAAGACAACAAGGGGUCCCGAGAAGAAAAAUAAGAUUAAGAAGAAAAACAAAUGCAGGGUUUUGUCAGUAUACAAAGACCCCAAAGACCGUUGGUCUGCUGAGAGGUACGAGUUGGCGGAGAAAAACUUAAUGGAGGUGAUGAAGGCAAAGGGAGCAAUGGCUAAUAACCCUAUUAUAAGGCCAGAGUUGAGAGCAGAGGCGCGGAAGCGCAUUGGAGAUACGGGCCUGCUGGAUCAUCUGCUCAAGCACUUGGCCGGUAAGAUUGCACCUGGAGGAACUGAACGUUUUCGCCGCAGGCACAAUGCUGAGGGAGCAAUGGAGUAUUGGCUGGAGAGUGCUGACUUAGUUAACAUCAGGAAGGAGGCUGGUGUUAAUGAUCCUUAUUGGAUUCCCCCACCUGGUUGGAAGCUUGGAGACUCCCCCAUUCAACACCCUAUUUGUGCUCAGGAAUUCAAGCACCUGAAAGAUGAGAUUUUUGUACUCAAAAGAGACUGGGAGGAGAUGGUGAGUUCCAAGGAACAGUUGGAAGAAGAAGUUGGAAGGCUGAAAAGAAGGAUUGAGGAGCUUGAAUUCAAGAAGAAGCAAAGCCAAGCUAUUGAGGCUUCAAAGACAAUGGAAAAAUACAAGAAGCAAUUAAUGAUGACCACUUCAGAUUUUAUGGCCAAAAUGGAGGAAAAGUGUCUGGGCCUAGUGUCUAAACUGGAAGAAAAAGAAAAGUCAAUCUCCGCAUUAAUGUUGUCGACAGAAGGAAAGAAAAAGCAAGUGGAACCAGAGAAACAGGGAGUGCAAGAGGUAGUAACAGUGGAGGAAAAGAAGAGAUCAAAAGCAGCUGAUGAUGAUCAGAGCAAGGAGCUAAUAGCAGUUGACCCCAAGCUGAAAGCAGCAACAAAAGCACAAAAAACUACUCCAACAGCUGAGGAAAAAGCUGCCAAGAUACAAAGGCUUAAGAGUGGUUUCAGGAUCUGCAAGCCCCAGGGUAGUUUCCUCUGGCCAAACAUGGUUCGCAACAACAAGAACAAUGGUGGCAACAUGUCCAAUCAGGUUAUGGUCCAGGUUGAAGAUGUUCAUAUGGUCCCUACACCACCCUCAGUCUCUUCUUCCACUGCCAUAACAGCUCCUUCACUGCUGCCUUACUACCAGCAGGAUAAGCAGCAGCCAGUUUCCCCUGUCAAGCCUGUUCCUGAAAGACGAGCUGUCACUGUUACUGUCUCCACCAUCUCUAGUGAAACUCGCUAUGAAGCUGGGGAUAACAAUUACUCUACUAGCAACAAGACAACCACUCUGAUCAACUUAAAUGAUGUCCCUUUUAGCACUGGUGAAGUAUUUCGGCAAGCCCCAACAUCAAGGCAAACUAUAACCACAACUACUGUCAUGCCUCAUUCAUUGCCCUCUCCGGUUCAUGGAGACAAGAUGAGUAAACCAUGGCAAGCUUCAAGAGAUGACAGGGCUAGCCAGGUUGCCAUGAGUGAGAAGGACUCAGGUCAGCAACAAGCAAGCAAAUGCUGCUCUUCUUCAGCCACAUCCUUGCCCCAGGGUGCUGCAAGUUGGUUAGUUCUGGCUACUCCAAGCAACACUGAUGCCUCAGAUGAGUCCAUCAUUGAAUGA